UCCAUCAGUAUGGUUAUCACUAACGAACUUACAUCAACCUCCCCGACUCAGCUGGUGGCUGGCCAGAAAUACACGACGAAUAAAACGGCAGGCAUGGUAACAGUGCCAUCUAGCGGCGAUGGGCAAAAGCUCGGCUUUCCAAUAUCGUCGACUCCGCCUGGCCCGGGUAGAGGGAAGCAAGGCGGUACACUGAGGAACUGUGUGUACUAUCAAAAUCGAUUUAUUAUUCUAGACCCUGUAGACGAUAAAGCCCAGCUGUCGACAGAGAAGGCAGAGAACCGAGUGAACAAGCCGCCUGCGUCCUCCUGUGACCCGAGCUCGGGCUGGCAGGAUGGCAAAAUAGACGCACCUCUGAACGAAACCGGCGAUUUGAGUUUUGAGAACUACGUCCGCGCUGCCAACACUGAUUCCGUGGGCAGAAAUCACAGAAAAACUGGCGGAAAAAUGGAGAUGGACGCUUCGUCGGUGACGAUGGUACCUCGUGGAAUAGAGGUUGUCAUUGACGAUGGGGAAGGCGGCAGUCCAAGGAGAAUGCACACGGGUAUUGCCCCUCCGCGAGAAAAUAACUCCAUCCUGAAAAAGAUCUGGAGUAUUUUACAAGACAAUAGGAUGAAAGGUCGAGACGACUGGGAGGCUGUGUUGAACUCGACCCGUCCCGAGGACCACCGAGUGCUCAAGAAAAUCCUCAACAUAAUCUUCCUCACAAUUGGAGUGUCGCUGUUACUUUCCGUCAUUAUCGUAGUCAUCUACGCUACCGUAGUUGAGGAAACUCGGGGUCCUUACAUCCCCCCGGGAUCCAAUGACCUACCGCCAUCAUACAUGAAUGAAGGUCAAAGCAAUGAUACUCAAGGCGGAUCACUAAGCGCCGAACAAUCGGUCAAUUUUGAUCUUGAAGAAUUAACGUUUCGUCAGUGAUCAACUCUUCGGUCUGCUUUGGUACCUUUUCUCAAGACAUCCACCUGAUCAAAAUCAAAACAAGCCUGGGAAAACCCUUAGGCCCGCUCCUGACCAAUUGCAAUCUGUUCUGAGCUUUGUGGUCGUUCCGCUAUUUUGGAUGCUCAGGAGUACCAAAUUACAGGAUUCAGUUAUGAAAGUACUCACCUACACGGAAUAAUCCUAGUGCGGGAAUCACCUAUUACGUAUUCACAUGUAGUGAAUAACCUCAGUGCGGGAUUCACCCAGUAAGGUAUUCACUUUUGCAGAAUUGCACUCAGUGCAAUAGAUAUAAUCCUUGUCCUUAGUGUGAUCGUCUAACGUUUGAUUACUUCGUACGACACUGUCAAAAUCGGUUGGACAAGGACACGUACACCCGUACUCUGGGAAGAGAAACUCUCCAAUUUCCUCCCUGAUGAUAACAUCUGUCAUUACCAAGGGGGCCCUGGUAACAUUUCACCACCAACGAGAUCUGACGCCAACUGAAUACAAGUUUCAGGAUAAAAAAUAAAGAUAUUUUAUAAAGAUUGAGGUUGUUAAAAUAGCGGGAACUUUUACAAGACAACUAACCAUGCGAACAUCUUGGUGCCAGCUGACAAACGGUUUCUGUUUAUUCUGACUCAACUUUUGCUACCUGACAUCGUUACCACUUCUAAUGACUCAAUGCGGUCAUAGUUGUCUCUCAACGUAGUCAUCUGGCAGUGGUUAGUACUUAUCAUGACUCAACGCAGUCAACUCCCAAUGGUUACCACUUGUCAUGACUCAACACAGUCAUCUGGAUCUGGUUACCAUUUGCCGUGACUGAACGCAGUCAUCUGGACGUCGUUACCAUUUGCCGUCAUUAAACGCAGUCUUAUGACAUCAGUUACUAUUUGUCAUGAUUUAAAACCUGUCAUCAGACAGUGUCACCAUUCGUCGUUUCUUAUGCAGGCAUUUUCGAUUUGGAUGAAGAAAAAACUGACACAUGCCGAAGCAGUGCGUGCUGACUAAACACUUAGUCAUUCAGCUUGUAUUACGUGGUAUAGGCGACGUACAUUGGCGGCCAUCUUGGGUUUUUAAAGCAAUGUCAUUGUCUCCUGCAGCUUGCCUUUCACUAAGAGUUCUGGAAAAUGAAAUUAUUUUGUUAGAGAUCCAACAUGGCCGAGAGUGCUUGUCAUCUGUAAUGAAAGGUAUUUUUGAUCCAAUUACCGUAUAUUUGGCAAUUCUUCCUCAAUGGUUUUUAAUCUGUUAAUCCAGAGACCGUGAUAUCAAAACGAGCUACAUCUGACCAAACGAUUACAAGUUACCAUAAUAUUUUCUCUUUUCCCUCACCAGUAUAUCGUCUUGAGUUUCCAUUUAAUGGUCCCGCCAUAGUUUAAUUUCUUGCCAAUAUCUUUUGUCUUCCAUGGAAAUUGUUGUUUCAGUUUUUCAUAGUUACAGAUGUAUAGAUGAUGAGGCAAGGCUGAGAGUGGCUUUGUAAUGUCGUGCAUGUCUCUGUUUCUAAUGUUUUUUGUCUGAGAUUAUAUUUGAUGUGAAAAAUAGAAACAAAUGAUUUUCUUGAUGGUUACUUCACUGGCAUUCUCACAAGUCUGUAUUGACGGAGAAAUUAAUGAAAACAAUUGACUUUGUUGCUCUGACGAUCGGUAUCAUAUAUUCGUCUCUCUUUUCCGGUUAAGCCAAGGCUUGCUAACUGUAUCUGAUGGAGUGGUCUCCCCUACACAGUUAUGCCCAUCAUUUAUUUUUGUACCACUGAUUGGCAAAUACACCACGCCUGUGCAGUUUUGUACAAUUCUCGUUAUCAUGUAACAGUUUGAAAAUUCAUUAAGUAAAUUAAUCGUUAAUUUAACCUAUUUGGACUACUUUUAUUGUUUGAAAGUUUUGAUGGACCAUACAUGUUCGCCUUGUCAGUUGUGUUAUUAACUAAAUUAGACUUGCUCGAUCGUUUAGGACUGUUGCGUGUAAUAUUGAGGCUAGAAUCUAUUCCAUUUCACUUCCCUCGUCUUGUUUUGAACAGUGUAUAUUCUGAAGAUUUGAUUGAGAAUCAGGUGUUUACAAAUUUUACCCAAUCUGUUCAUCAAACACAUUCAGCCAAGAUCAGUGUAAAGUUACCUCGAGGCAACACGUUGCUGUGAUACAGCUGUGGUACGUAACGUUGAUCCAGGAGAUACGUAAUUCGUGACGUCACGGCAGCGUUUGUAUUGUGUAUCAUUAGAACAUCCUGAUUUCAGGCCUCGGGAUUGUAAUCACUGUGAAUGUGAGGCCAGAAUCCAGGAUGCAGGUAGGACAGAGUACGAGAGAAUCUGAGGUUCAUGUACUAUGGGAUUACAGUAUGGGACUGACUGUUGUUUGGGAAUUUUUUUCUGACUGUCGUAUAUAACCCCUAUAAUAGUCGUCUGUGUUACUGAUGCCUUAGGCCUGUACUAUGAGAACUUUGUUGCUUCAGCUGUAAACGCCAUGCGAUAUGGACUUCUGUUCGUAUUAUAGAUGUUAACCAGUGUGUUAUGAAAAUUAUAUUGUAUCUCAUGGUGGCAACCGUUGCUAUGUUUCAGUGUAAGCCUUCUUAUCAAGGUAUUAUGAGAACAUAACAUUCCGUUGUUUCUGAAGGCAUCUAUCUGUGUUAUUGAAAUGUUUACCAGUGUGUUCAUUUACGCGGUCCAACCACGAUACCCUCAACCCAGCUGUGUCCAUUAACAACAACAACAACAGCAACAACACGAUGAUAAAGACACCAUCAUAAGGAAUCGUCUUUAUUUUUAUAUCUCCAUGUUUACAUUUGCUUACUGUUAUACAUCACCUUAAUUAGCUAGUUCACACAUUCCAGUGUAUGAUGUUUUAAUCACUGUAUGUGUAUGGCACAAUUUGCAUAUUUCUUAUUCUUUACAUGAACUGUUUUCCUCGGUAUGUGAAUGUGUUCACUAUAACUGGGAAGUAAACUGAAGAAACUUCCAAUCCAAAGGAAGCACUUAUCACAGUUAAUAAAAAUAAAAUAAAAUUUCUAUC